AUGACAGACGGCUUUCAAGUUGUGAGGUCGAAAAAGGCCAAAAAAGUGAAGGCACGUGGUGACGGCAUUGGUGUCUGUGCAGGAUCAGAUACACAACAACACCAGAAGAUAGACAUCGCUCGUGUUAUUCGAAAAAUUGAAGAAUCAAGGAAUGAUUUAACAAGCUCAGACUUUUAUUCAUCUGUAAAAGAUUUGAUUGAACAGGUACUAAACAAGGAAGAUGAAGGUAACAAUACAAAUAAGCUACCACUCCAGGUGAUCUGUUAUGGUCUGGGGAACUUCUCAGAAUGUAUUAUAGCCAGAUACCAACUUUGUCUUCUAAUGGCACUGAGGGAACAUCUCAAGGUGAAUGCCAGUGACUGUCUGUUGUAUGAUCCGAGGUUCAGGGAUGGAGAAAUUGACAUCCUGUGUGAGCUGGGAUUUGGCAUGAUUGAUAAAAAUGAAGAGGGUAAGCGGCAAUGUUCCUUGAGCAGCCAGACACUGUUUUAUAUGCCUCAUUGUGGAAAGAGUCUAUGUAAUAAUCUCCUCUGGGCUAACUGGAACACUCACCACCUCCCAAACAUGGUUAUCAUUGGCAACAGUUUUACCACCAUCCUAAACAAUACUCCGAGCAGACUCCUGGCAAAUAGUGGCAGUUACAUCCAACAUCUUCAUCCUUACUGUACAGAGUUACCUCUACCUACAACCUUCAAGUUCACAGAUAUUUUCAAUGAUACUUCCAUUCAUCUUUUCCCUACGGACAAACUCAAAAUGGCCCCUGAGGACUUGUGGGAUAGUCCGCCAGAGCCUCGCUAUGAAGAAUCGGAUGUAGAAUUCAUACCCAAUAAAUGAUAUGUU